AUGAUCUCGCACGACGGAGGGUCCAGCGUCGUCGGGACGCACUCGAUCGGAAACGAAAUUUCCUGCCCCGCCGUCGUCAGCACGACUCGGUACGUCCCCGCCCGCGUGAGCGCGUACGUCGCGUCGUACGUCCCGUUCCCGAUGUCGACCAUCUCUCCACCCUGCGACGUCGCCACGUGCCCCUCGAGCACGGGGAACCCUUCCUCGUCGUCGGACGCGUCGCGCGACGCAUCGGGCGCCGUCGCCGGCGCCAUCGCCAUCGCCGUCGCCGUCGGAGUCGCGUCGUCGCGUUCCGGCUCGAAGAUGGCGAACCGCACGCGCGCUCCGCCCCGCUCGAUGCGCCCGCCCCCCGGGUUGGCGCUGAUGAGCGAAAACUUCGCCUCCGCGCCCGCGACGCACUCGGACGCGUUCGUCCCCGCGAUCGUGGACAACGGCAAGCUGACGACGCCGCGCGCCUUGGCCAUCGCGACGAGCUCGCCGCUUUUGAGCAGCCCGAGGAGCACCUCCGCCACCGCGGGGGGCAGCGCGGCGACGACGCGGUCGGCGCGGUCCGCGUCCAUGUCGUCCAACACGCUCGCGACGAACGUCAUGUCCAUCGACCCGGACGCGAUGAUCGCCGCGAACUUCUCGGGGGCGAGCCACCCUGCGAGCGUCGCCGCGAGCUCGAGCGGGUCCAUCUCCAUCAUCGCGGCGCCGGCGUUGAACGGGUCCAUCUCGGAGAUGAUGGCGACGAGCCUGAGCUUGAGCUCCGUCUUUGCGCGCGUCUGCGUCUUUUCGUCGAGGACAGUCUCCACGACGGCCGCGAACGCGGAGGCGACGUCCUUGGGCUCCAUCGCGUCGCACGCGGCGGACCCGGCGGCGAACUCCAUCCGCACCAUCAUCAUCGCGCGCUUAUUCGUCGGCAUCGACGCGAGAAUCUCGCCGACGACGGUGGCGUCCGGCAUCCUCGACGCCAAAAUCGCGCUCUCGCUCGGCGGCAAAUUCCCCAACACGCGCGCGGUGAGCGAGUACUCCAUCGCCGCGAGGACGACGACCGCUUGGUCCGGGUACGCGUCGCUGUUGUCGUCCACGACAGCCAUGGACAGAAAUACGUCCACGACGGCGUCCGUCUGGACGUCGGCGCGCGUCUCCGGCGCGUCCGGCGCCCACCCGGUUUCGUCGAGUUCCUCCGCCAUCGCCGCGCCGAACGCGCCGUUGUACCCGGAGAGCUCCACCACGGACGCGAGCGCGCGCGCGCUUCCGCCGGGGCCGAGGAGGCACAGGAUGUGCCCGGCGAGCUUCGCGGACAUCUUCGGCAAGACCGCGCCGGCGAUACCGGAGGAGGCGGCGGGGAUCGAACCGCCGCCGCCGCACAACGACCCGACGAGCUUCGCCAGCCGCGGCCCGGUGCCGCCAACCUCCCCGCCCACGAGCUCGUCCACAGACGCCUGCGACAUCGCCGCGAGGUGCGACGCCACCUUCUCGAGCAUCGGGCGCUCGGCGAGCGUCACGAGCGCGAGCGUCGAGCGCUUCGGUCCCUCUGGGGUGAGGUCCUGGAGCGCCCUCAGGAGCGGCCCGCCCGUCUUCUUGGCGUCGACGACGGCGAGGACGCGCUCCAAAAACUCCGGCGGCAUCAGCAGGCACGCGCGCGCGGCGGCGUCGGGGUCCAUGUGCGCGACAGACUCGACCGCGGCGUCCGGGUCGGUGUUCCACAGAUCGCGCAGGAUCAGAUCGUGCGCCUCUUGCGCGGACAUGGACGACAGCAGCGCCCCGCGCGCGUUCGCCGGCAUGUUCGCGAAGACGUCGAGCCGCGUCUUUUUGUCCAUCGCGCGAAACGUCGUCGUCACCUCCGUCGUCGUCAUACAACACAUCGCCGCCGCCGCCGCCGCGGGGUCCAUCGCGGACAGCGCGCCGACGCGCUCGGCCAUCGGCAUCUCGUUGAGGACGCCCGCCGCCGCGGCAGGGCGCAUGUCCUCCAUCGCCUUCGCGACUUGCGACGCGUCCAAACCCUCGAGGGACUUGGCCGCGCGUUGCGCCGCCGCGCGCGACGGCCGCAGCCCUCCGCCGCCGAAUUCAAACGCGGCGUCCUCCUCGGCGUCCUCGGAUGUGACUUCCGCGAUUUGGGCGACGUCGAGCUCGGCGCCCUUGAGGAGGCCGAUGCCGUCGGAAUCUUCGUCGUCGAUCACCUCCGCGGUCUCGACGAUUUCCGUCGUAUCUUCCUCCUCGAGCCACCCGUUGGCGUCUCGCACGCGCACGAGCCGCGGGACGUCCGGAAGCGGCACGCCGUUCAACGUCGCGCGGACCAAGUGA